UCCACCGGCGUGGUAGCUGAUCUGCCACCACCCCGGUUAUCUUUACCGUUGCUCUGUCUCCACACGAAGACCAGUCGGGGCGGGUAGUCUACUGGUUACAUUGCAUGCUCACUGGAUGUACCGAGUCAGAAAUACCCGAUUGUGGUACUGGACAGAGACUGGAGCCGCCAAGACAGGAGAACGCACCUUCGCCUCUGCAUGUGUGAACGCAUAGGUAUUUCAGGCAAGGCCUCCUUCUGAACCGGUUGAACGAGACGAAGACAUCACAUGGGAGUAAACAUCAGGACUUCUCUGUAGAAUGCUAAUGUAUUUUUGUAUUGCUCGUUACUGGGGAAGGUAACACUUUAAGCGCAAGGCUACCAUUCAUUGCUGUCCGGGUAGGCCUAUCGGAAUUCUACAUUGUAUUUUCCAACAGAACUGUGUCAAUGCGACAUUGAAGGUUUCCUUGACGCGCGGAAAAACCCGACGCAUCUUGGGACUAUAUGCUGUCGGACACGUAUAUACAGCUGAGCUGAGAGCAGAGCACAGUCACCUGUUUUGAAAAUGGGCAACAGUUUUUCCAACGUAUCGGCCUUCCAGUCGCUGCAUAUUGUGAUGCUGGGCUUGGACUCCGCUGGCAAAACGACUGUCCUGUACCGUCUGAAAUUCAACGAGUUUGUCAACACCGUGCCCACAAUAGGAUUUAACACGGAGAAGAUCAAACUGAGCAAUGGCAAUGCCAAAGGUAUCAGCUGUCAUUUUUGGGAUGUCGGUGGCCAGGAGAAGCUCCGGCCCUUGUGGAAAUCUUACAGUAGGUGCACGGACGGCAUCAUAUACGUUGUGGACUCGGUAGAUGUGGACCGCCUUGAGGAGGCAAAGACUGAGCUUCACAAAGUCACCAAAUUCGCAGAGAAUCAAGGUACGCCGCUCCUGGUGAUCGCCAACAAGCAGGACCUGCCCAAAUCUCUCCCCGUGGUUGACAUUGAGAAACAACUGGCUCUGCACGAACUCUCUCCAUCCACGCCAUAUCACAUCCAGCCCUGCUGUGCGAUUAUAGGCGAGGGACUUACCGAGGGCAUGGAUAAACUUUAUGAAAUGAUUCUCAAGAGACGGAAAUCGCUUAAGCAGAAAAAGAAGCGGUAGGGCCGUCAUACCCAUGCACUAUAGCCUAUAUGUGACAUUUAUGUGCCCUUUUGGUAUCUCAUACCAAUCAUCUGUUGCACCGUUUACAUUUUAAUUUGAAGUGUUUCCAACUUGUUGUCAUUCUCAUUUGGGUUUGUUUGUUUGAACACCUCAUGUGUUAUCUCGGCGCCACCACCAUGGCGCAGGUGGUUUGCUGUGAUGAACUGAACAAAAAAAACUCGAAUGCUUACGACAGAACAAGAUAAAAAGGCCUAGAACGGGCUGGCCCGUCUUUUGUUGCUGCUUUCACUGAAUUUUCAAACCGGAUGGUGUAUGGAAGGAGUUGAGCACUGUGAGAAUUUUGGGGACAUGGAGUUGAUCAUGCGUAACGCCCGUGCUCUCAUUCUCGCACACAACCAUUUUCUCUUGGGCAUGUAAGAUGGAUGUGGCGGAUGAGGAGGACCACGCGUUUGGAGUCGGCUCGUAUGCUGCCAAUUUUUCAUCAGUUGACAACCACAUUAAACAUUGAUGUUCAUGGAGCUAUCGACGCGUAGGGAGGACUGCGCGACGCCACACCUGUUCCAUCGUGACAUAAUACUGUAGAACGAACAUAUAAAUUUCGCCUCGGUCUCAGGACUCAGUGGCAGGUUCCCACUUUGUUCCUGGAGGCACCGAAGUAGCGUAUUAUACAUCAUGCAGCAUGGACUGGAGAGUGUCCCUAGAUUUUGCCUGCUACAUGGUUCACUACUGAGCACUUUUAAUUUCUUACCAAAAUAGUAGAAUGAAACACUGUAUAGCAGAAAAAAGAGAGAUGCUGUUCGUGUAAUGAAAGCAAACAUGAUAACUGAAGUAUUUUUGUUAUUAAAACAUUUGAAACAGUAA